GCACUCUGUUGUUGUUUUUCUAACGCGCUGGCAUGAGCCAUCCCAUCGUAUUUGCUAGUAGACGCAUAAAAAAGCCCUUGUGUUUUUCCUUUUUUUUUCUUCUAUUUUGCCCCUUGGAUGGGCAUCUCAUGUUGCAAUUUUCUAGGAUAGGGUCCUGCGCACACAAUCGCGCGACAGUUCAAAACAAACGUCAAGUGAUGGAUAUUCGCGGAAAGUGGCACGCGCAUACAGUUAGGAUUCCGAAGACGAUCAUCACCAGCGGCAGCAGCACACCCAUAUUGAUCUAAUCGUCGUCGUCGUCGCUGGUUCGGCACGGUGGAAGCAAAUGACAGAAAGAAACGGCGGCGACGAAACAUCAUCAAGGUCAGCAAGAUGGUGAUUAGUGCUACGAAAAAGAUGUUUUUGUUGACAUUUGUGCUGUUCAUCAUGUGCGUAGUCCUGUUCUUUGUGCUAGUUGCGCUGAGGAAAAACGAAAAAACCAACCAAUGGGAAAACUUCAUUCGCCGGGGCCAAGCGAGGCAAACCGAUACGGGCGCUACCAAUCAUUGGUAUUAUGUGAUAAGAGAUCUUGAGAAGAUCAAAACCAUCUCGUCCGUGCAGAAUAUCGAACGGGCCUCGCGCAUCGAAACAACACAAACUGGAUUUGUGCUACACGGCUCGGACUACGAGAUCGCUUUCGAUCGGGUCAUACACAAUUCAACAGAAGCUGCCCCAGAAGAUUACACGCUGACACUAGUCAAACGGAAGCUGUACCCAUGGGAUGUGAAAUCAAGAACCAGUGAUGAUAAAGGCUGAUUUUGAUGAUGCUUACUUAAUUUGGUUAGUACUUAGUGUUCGCAGUUACCAUGAAUGAGGGAAGAAAGAAUGACAUUAGUUUGUAGUUAGUGUUCCGGAGCAACGAAUUUAAUGAACUGUUCGUGUGAAUGUGAUGUGAUAACAACCCAGUUGCCGAAUUGAACAUCGUUCUAUAAAAUUCAACUUUACAUGAAUUUAUUGUAAUAAAUAUUCGAACUGA